GAUCGGUGCCCACACGUGUGAGCAGUAAUGAUGAGCGUGUGCUCUGUCAGUGACACUGAUCCCGACAUCAGGCAGCAGAUCUGCUCUCUUUACAGGGUCACCACUUUCCCAGAUUCACUCAGUGUUCUCUGUGAGUCCAUCUCCAUCACCCCACCCCUCCACCUGUUCCUCUGAGACAUGGAUAUUGUCCUCUGCUAGAAGAACACUGAGCAUGUGGCAGCCCUACAUUCCUCAUUGUGUGUCCAAGCUCUCCCAUUGGCUCCAAACUGUGAGAACCUCCAACAAGCCCAAGACCCACACAUUCAUAUGGAGAUUUGGGAGUAUAAAUAGAGGAGCUGCAGCCAGUACAAAUCAGACCCACUCUACACAGAGAGAUCUACAGCACAGAGACACAGCCAUGGCACCAACCAUCACUUCAGCACUGAACAUCUCAAACGAGCACCUACCUCUGAACAACAAGCUGAGGAAGCCGAUGGUGGAGAAGAUGCGCAGAGAUCGUAUCAACAGCAGCAUUGAGCAGCUGAAGUCUCUCCUGGCUCCAGAGUUCCUCAACCAGCAGCCUGACUCCAAACUGGAGAAAGCAGAUAUCCUGGAGAUGACAGUCAGCUUCCUGAGACAACAACAGCAGCAGCAGUCUGCAUUCUCCUCCAGCUCAACAGCUGUCAAUCAAGGCUUCUCCAGAUGUGUCCAUGACAUUGUUCACUUCCUGUCUAAAGAAGAGGUGAAGACACAGAGCCAGAGAAAACUGCUGAACCACUUCCAGAAUCUGCAGCCAUCUUCAGACGAGAACAGGAGGGAAAGUGUUGUGGUUCAGCUGAGCUCUACAGAGCAGCAGAUCAUCAGCAAAGAGAAGAGUUCAGUUAAGAGCUCCCUCUGGAGGCCCUGGUGAAGAGAAGAUCAAGACUCAAAGCAGAAAACACAAGUCUAUGUGGACUUUUUAUGUUUUUAUUUCAAGUUCUGUGUGAACAGGAUUAUAACUGAGUUGUUAAAACUUAUCUUAUUAUUGUCUUAUGGCAAUAGACUGAUACCUUUCUACUUUAAGAAAGAUUCUUCUUGAGGAUGCUGGUAGAAUCCAGUUAGGAGCAACGUCGAGAUCUACAGUCUUGACAAUGCAUGUUUACGUUAAACAUGAAUAAUAUUGAUUAAUUGUUUUCAAUUCAUGGAAUGUCCUUUACAGUGUUAUUUCCGUUUUAGGAAAAAUGACAUUGUUCUAUAUUGAACUAAAAUUUAUAUUAUCAUUUUGAUCAGAUUUGAUCACAUUGUUGGAAACUGGUGUCCAGUUAUAAUGACAAAUUACAGUACUAUGUACCUUGUAUGUUUAUAUAGUAAACAAGAAAAUAUAUAAGCAUUAAAUGCCUUCUAUGAAGG